GUUGUUAAAACUGCGUUGACUCAAGGACACCACUGUCCUUCCAAUUUUACCCCUUCUUCUCUCCCCGAACCUUCCUCUCCGCCGGCUAUCCCCUUUCUCUUUCUCUCUGCAACCCCGGCUCACAUUUCAACCAGCUUCCGUGGCAAUCCCCGUAAAUUCGACCUCCUUUAUGGCCAAAAGCCCUCACCCCCUUCAGCUCAAAUACAACGUCGUAGCCGGUAGCUCUUCAAUUUGUACUCUAUUUAUUUAUUUAAUUUAUAAUUUGGGGGAGAAAUGAAGAGGCUGAGAUCCAGCGACGAUCUCGAUUCCUUCGGGAAGGAUCCGAAUCCGAAUCCUAACCCAAACUCCAGCUCCAACCCCAGCCGGACCUCCUCCAACUCGCACCGGAGCUUCUACUAUAAGCCAGAUACUGUGCGGAAGGGUUUGCUCUCUUCGGCCUCCUCGGCUUCUUCUCUGGUGCCGGCUCGCUCCUACGACGAUCGGGAACAGGCCGGUUUUGGCGGAGGGUCCAGAACUGUCCGGAAGAGGCCGGGGCAAGAGUUCGACGGUUUCGACCGGAGGAAGGGGACCGAUCGAUACAAUAGAGAUGGAGGAGGGUACGAUCGUAAUUUGAUGCACCGGUCCGAGAGCUUCUCCGCGUCGAGGAGGUCGCCGGCGGAUUUUCCGAAAGGGUUUCGAUCGGAGCGGGACAGGUCGAGGCGCGAAGGCAGCGGGAGCGGAGCGUUGUCGUGGCGGAGGUUUGGGAAGGAGUUCGAGGAGAGAGGAGGAGGGAAGGGGUUGAGGGACGUGAGGUCGCCGACGUGGUCGAGUUUGAGGGAUUCAGGGAGCGAGCAGUCUAGGGUUAGGUCUCCGGUGAGGAGGUUGAGGGAUGGGAAGGAGUCGAAAUCGGAGUCGAAGUCCAAGUCGCCCACUUGGUCUAAGGACUCCGUGGGGAGUGAGCAGUCGAAGAGUGUUGAGGUGAGGAAGAGGGAGGUGGAGGCGGAGGAGGUUCAGGGUGAGCAGCCAAAGAAUGUUGAGUUUAGGAAGAAGGAGACGGAGGAGGCUCCGGUUGAGCAGCCAAAGAGUGUUGAGGUUAGGAAGAGGGAGACGGAGGAGGUUCAGGCUGAUAAGGGGAGUAGGACUAGUAGUGAAAUAGAGGAGGGUGAGCUUGCGCCGGAAGCUGGAGCUGGUGUUGGAGGUGGAGGUGAAGGUGAGCCCCAAUUGGGUCCUGAAGGUGGAGCUGAAACAGGAGAAACACGGAUUCGAAGUGAGACUUCAGAUAGGGAUACAGAUAGGGUUGAGGAGAAAGGUGAGUCUCUGGAUAAACAAGAGGCUAGGGAGGAGAAGGGUGAGUCCUCGGAUAAACAAGAGGUGAAAGAUGUGAGUAACGAGAGUGUGUGUGAAAGGAAGGAUGAGGAGGAGAAGAAAGAUGAUGACUUGCCAAAUGGUGAUAACGAUAUGAUUGAUAAAAGCGGGAAUGUGGAAGCUCGUGAAGAUGAGGAUGAUGAAAAAGGGAGUGUGAGGGAAGGUGAUGAAGAAGUGGUCGAGAUUCCGAUGGAAUUGGAAGAUGAACCAAAGCAAGAUAAGGGAAUUGACCUUGAAUUGAAGGCGGAGGAUGAUGAUGAUGAAAUGACAGAGUCAGACAAGGUAGUAACAGAGGAUGAGGAGGAUAAUGAAGUGGUUAAGCUAGAUACGCUGAAUAUGAGGCAGAAUUUUAAGGAUAAAGGUAAAAGCGUCGCUGUGACACCAACUGAUAUGGUAGAUUCAGCAGAAGAUGGUCAGUGGACUGCUAGAGAAUCCAGAGAGCUGUUAACUGGCAUGGAAAAUGAUAUAGAAGGACCCAGCACUAGGGGUUUCGAGUUGUUUUCAAGCUCUCCUGUUAGGAGACAGGAGAAAGCUGAUCAAUCUGGUUCCAUUAUGAAGGAUGAAAAGCUGGCACUUGAGCCGCUUGAUCUUUCUCUUAGCUUGCCUAAUGUUUUGUUACCCGUUGGUGGUGCAGCUCCUGGUUCUCCUGACCAAGCAAUGAGUGUUCAGUCUCUAAGUAAUACUUUUCGUACUAACUCUGAUGGAUUUACUCAAUCAGUAUCCUUUUCAGGCUCUCAGUCGUUUUAUCACAACCCUAGCUGUUCGCUAACCACCCAGAAUUCGAUGGACUUUGAACAGUCGGUUAAAAGUCGUCCGCUUUUCCAGGGAAUCGAUUGGCAGGCACUGGCUCAGAGUGAGGCUAAGGGUAAAGAAGUUCCUUCGCAGGCACUUGUUCAGAAUGAUGCUAAGAGCAAAGAAAUCCCUUUGUAUCAAAGAAUCUUGAUGAAUGGAAACGGGUCUCAUCAACAACAGUCUCAAGCAUCGCAAGGCAUUCCAAAUGGUCAAUCGGUCCAAGGGCAACAACAUCGUAGGCAUACUGAAGGAAGCUCUGAAGUGGCGAAUGGAAUGGAAAGGCAGCUGAGCUUCAAUAAACAGUUGUCAGGAGGACAGACAAGGAACCAUGAGGAUGUUAGAUCACCUUCGAAUAGCGUUGGAUCUCAUGAAAUGGGAUCGAACUAUAGUUUUGACAGAAAACGACUAUUGAGAGAGAAAAAUAGUGGUAGUUUAUAUAGGACUAGCAGUCAGAAGGAACACAAGAAGUUUCUCAUUGGUGGAGCUGACUUUGUGGAGACAAUCAUUGCCAGGAUAGUCUCCGAUCCCAUACAUGUAAUGGCUAGAAAGUUUCAUGAGAUGACAGGACAAUCGGCUUCAUGUGUGAAGGAGACCAUUCGCGAUAUGAUGUUAAAUAUGGAUAAGCGCAUGCAACUGUUUGCAUUUCAGAAGGCACUGCAGAGCAGGUCUGAUAUAACCAUGGAGAUGCUACUAAAAGCUCAUCGUGCGCAACUGGAAAUCUUGGUUGCUCUGAAGACUGGUCUACCGAAUUAUCUCCUGCAAGAGAAUGGUGCAUCAUCUUCUGAUUUGGCUGAAAUUUUUCUGAACUCAAGAUGCAGAAAUCCUUCUUGUUGGAGUCCUGUGCCUGUGGAUGAAUGUGAUUGCAAGGUUUGUUCGCCAAAGACUGGUUUUUGCAGUGCGUGUAUGUGUCUUGUGUGCUCAAAGUUUGACAUGGCCUCAAAUACAUGUAGUUGGAUUGGGUGUGAUGUUUGUCUCCAUUGGUGCCACGCGGAUUGCGCAUUGCGGGAAUCUUAUAUUAGAAAUGGACGCAGUGCUACUGGAUCUCAAGGGACGACUGAGAUGCAGUUUCAUUGUGUUGCCUGUGAUCAUCCUUCUGAGAUAUUUGGGUUCGUGAAGGAGGUUUUUCAGAAUUUCGCAAAGGAUUGGACAAUUGAAAAUCUUGCUAGGGAACUUGAAUACGUUAAGAGAAUAUUUGUUGUCAGCAAGGACGUGAGAGGGAGACGACUUUAUGAAAUUGCUGAUCAAUCACUGGCAAGAUUGGUAAACAAGUCUAACCUUCCGGAGGUGUACAAUUAUGUCAUGGCUUUUCUUUUGGAUGCUGACAGUUCCAAGCUAGGCAAAACAGCCAUUUUAUCGGGGAAGGAUCAAAGUAAAGUGAACAAUGGGAUUGCUGGGCCAAGCCAGGAACCCCCAUGGCUGAAAUCAAUAUACACAGAAAAGGUCCCUCAGUUGGAAACUGCAGCUGACACUCAUCCUAGCUUUAACUACGAUCAGCAUGAGAAACACAUUAUGGACAGAGAGUUGCACACAAGUGCCCAAAAAGAACCUCUUUUCGAUGAGCUGGAGAGCAUUGUGAGGAUCAAGCAGGCUGAGGCAAAAUUGUUUCAAACACGAGCAGAUGAUGCAAGAAGGGAAGCUGAGGGGCUGAAACGCAUAGCAAUGGCAAAGGAUGAAAAAAUUGAAGAAGAAUUUAGGAGCAGGAUAGCAAAGUUGCGCUUAGUCGAGGCAGAAGAAAUGCACAGCAAGAAACUUGAAGAAGUACAAGCUCUAGACCGAGCUCAUCGUGAAUACUCCAAUAUGAAGAUGAGAAUGCAAGCCGAUAUAAAGGAUCUUUUGUUAAAAAUGGAAGCAACGAAGCGGAACCUUUCUUUGUGAUUGGCAAACGAAGAGGAGUCCCUGUAAGAGUUUUCGAUGUGGCAAGUAACCGUAACCGUAACCGUACCUCGUGUGCUGAUUGUUUUAUGUUGUACUUUUCAAUGUAGUGGUUUUAUAGCUCCAAUUAGGGUAUUUUUCAUGGUAGUUUCUGUUGUAUUUGUUUAUUGAACCACUAACCAGAAUCUGUACAAAGAGACUGCCUCAUUUCUUUUAUAAUGUUA